UGUCAGAGGAGGUUCAGCAGCAGCAUUAGCAGCAGCAGCAGGCCCAUCCAGCACCGCAGCACCACAGCUCAUGUCUGCUCCUGCGUGUGUGACAGCUCCGUGACCCAGCCACAGAUCGAGUGUUUGAACACGAACUCAAGUUCAAACACUGGUUACAGGAGUCUACCCCACACUGAUUCACACUGUGCCCUCAGCCACUGUGCAGCACCAUGAGUCUGGGUCUGGAUGAUCUCCUGGGCUGCUGCAAGGGGCUGGAGAAUGAUAAAGUCACAGAGAGAAAGAAAGAAGCCGAACGCUUCAGGCGGCUCCUCCGAUCUCCAGAGAUCGUGCAGGAGUUGGAUCGUUCCUCGGCAACUAAAUCCUCCAAGCAGCUCACAUGGGAUACUGUUUUCAGAUUUCUGCAGCGCUAUUUCCAGAAGGAGACAGAGAGCAUGCAGUCAAGUAAAUCUGUCACAGCGACAUCACUCACCACACGGAAGAAGAAGAUGGCGGAAAUGUGCAGUCUGAUGAAAUACUUCAUUCGCUAUGCAAACAAACGCGGGCCUCGUCUAAAGUGCAGUGAACUGCUGAAACAUGUGAUGGAGGUGGUGCAAGGCUCUUACAGCUGCUCUGCGUAUGGAGAAGAUUAUAGCAGCCUCCUCGUCAAAGACAUCCUCUCUGUCCGCAAGUACUGGUGUGACAUCCCCCCACAGCAGUGGCACAGUCUUUUAAAGUUGUACUGUGGUUUGUUCGACUCUUCUUCCAAAUCCAUAAACCGUGUUUUAGUGAACAGAGUCAUCCACAUGGUGGUGCAGGGCUGCUGCACGCAGACUGAUCUAACAGUUACUGACUGUAACAAUAACCUCUUCAGCUUCUUCUCCAAAGCAGUGCUUAACGCCAGGCAGGAGAAACACUUGGCCGUUUUGGAGCACCUCAUCUCGGCUCUCAACAUAUUCUUGAGGUACUCCGCUAUGAACUGCAGGAUGAGGGUGUGUCACCUGGGAGAGGAGCUUCUGCCAUCCAUACUGUACAUCUGGGCAGAUAAGAGGCCCACUGCGGCUCUCAAAGAGGAGAUCUUGGAGUUCUUCAAUCUGCAGAUGUGUGUUCAUCACCCCAAAGGAGCCAAGACUCAGGACACAGGUGCACAUGCUGAGGACUGGACCCAGUGGCGGAGUCAGCUCUACAAUUUGUAUGAUGCUUUGGUCAGUGAAAUCAGUGAUCUCGGCAGCAGAGGGAAGUACGUCACAGGGUCAAGACACAUCGCAGUGAAAAACAAUGUCAUCGAGCUCACAGCUGACAUCUGUCAUCAGUUGUUCAGUGAGAACAAUGACACCCACAUCUUGGAGGUGACCCAGGCCUCCCUCAGAGCCACGCCGAUGGCCAGUCCCACCCAGGGAGGAGCCAGCAAGCGCCGCCGUAUGGAGCUUGGCUGGGAGGUCCUCCGAGAACAUCUUCAGCCUCAGCACAGUGACUUUGAUGCCAUACCAUGGCUACAGAUCACUGCGGUGCUCACCUCGAAGUAUCCGUCCAUGGUGCCCCGCCAGGAGCUGGUGCCUCUGCUCUCUGUGCUGUACCAGCUCCUGGCAGAGCAGCGGAGAGGAGAGAGGGGGCUGUACGUGUUGCGCUGUCUGAGGGAGCUAGCCCGGUGCCAGACCCGCUAUCCUGAGAGGGCCCAGGUCCACAAGGCAGAGUUGGGAAGGCUGUGGGGUCGGGUGUGGGCCCUUGCACUACGGGGGGUCAGCUCGCCUCAGACAGAGGCCUUUAGCUUGGACCUGCUGGCCUCCAUCGUCCACGGACAACUAAUUAAUAUGGACAGAGAGCUCUGGAAGCUUUUCUCUGCAUCAGCAUGCAAACUAUCGCAGAGUGCUGCUAUAUGUCUGUGUCAGGCUCUAUUGAAGUGUCCAGUCCCUAAGGCACUCACACUGAGGACAGGCUGGGACAAUGUAGGGAUCACAGAAGGAUCUGGUUCUCCAAACCUUAAGGAGAACCUCAUUGCAUGGCUGCUGAUGAGUGACCAGAGUGAUGAGAUGGAAGAAAGCUCCAGACCUCACCCCAUAAUUUGCAGAGACUUCCCCUACAAUCUAAUAGCUGACAUCCUGAUCUCCCUGACCUUGAAAGACACCAGAGCUGGCCUUAACUUUCUGCUGGGUACUAAUGGGGCUGAGAGUGCCUUUGUUCAGCAGCAAUCCUCACUUGCUACCAAAGACAACCUGGAAGAGAUUGAGAGGCUUUACUUGCAGUUCAGCUUCAACAUGCUUCCCUCAGAGGUCCGAGCGACCGACGAGUCCCUGACGACGUCAUCCGCUGACGGCCAGUUCACUGCUGUCCCCAGUCUCAGGAACAAGCUGGAGCAGUCCCUGCUUUGUGUGGCCGACACAAUGCUCAACUGCUACUCUCCUGAUUCUCAGUCCACACCUCCAGAGUGUCUGGUGCGCUGCGUCCUUCUGCUGACUGGUGUUUUAGAAGCUUACGUCUCCACUGGGGUUCUGACUAAACAGGAUGCCUGCCACUCAGAACUCCUCAAAAAGGCAAAGGCUGUGACUCAGGACUUCACUGGGUUUGUUUCAAGUGUGAUGGUAAAGAUGACAGAGGAGGGGACCAUGACCACUCUAAGGUCCGUCAUGAAGCUGUGCACACAGUCAGCCAGCAGGAAAAACACGAAUAAAGUUUGUCCCAUCUCCUCCAGCCUGUUCAUUUUGACGCUGCCGGCCAGUCUACUCAGUGAAUUAGCAGGGAUCUGCAAACUGUUGCUAAGCAGUGUUUCAAAGAGAGUCAGUGUGUUGGAGGAAGACAAUCACGUAGAUGAUGACUGGGAGGUGACCAGGACUCAACAAGGGGACGAUGUUGAUUUGUUUGAGGAUGGUGAGGAGCCUCACAGCAGCACCAAUGGGACCCACAGGCAGAAGGGAGACGGCACUGAUGCUUCUUGUGGGCCAGGAGCUAAAAGCCUGUUAGCAGAGGAUCAUCUGGCCCAGCAGGACAUGGCUCUCCUCGCCAUCAUGGAGUUCCUGUGUGAAUGCGGCUCUGUCCAGCACAUCCACGGCCUGCUUUUUAAACCCCAGGAUGUGCGGCGCAAGCUGCUGGAGCUUCUGGAACAGAUUGACUUCAGCAAACUGCUGCACCUCAACAUGUAUCUAGUUCUGCUCAAGAAUCUUCCCGCUGAGGACUCGCUCUCUCCAGUCGAAUUUGAUUUGCUGCUGCGUCCGCUGGCAGAUUUGUGUGGUCUGCACCGUCAAGACCCAGAGAUCUGUGCUGCUGCGCUGCUUGGUUUGUUACCAUCCAUCAGGAGCCUGGGGAGAACCCACCACAUGCCAGAGGAAAUGAUACAUGUUCAGGGAUCCCUGCUCCAAGUGCUGUCUGGAUUCUGUUUCCUGAUCCAAACGGGGAAAUGCAUAGCAACUGUGCGAGCUGCUUUAGUGCAGUGUCUGCUUGCUUUACUGGAGGCUGACCCCUCUUGUGAGUGGGCAGUCCUGAGUUUUGGCGAGGAGGAGCAGCGUCCAGUGUCUAUCAUCCUCCCAUCUCACCUCUCAGAUACCCAUCACCAAGUCCGCAUGCUGGUAGCCAUGUCAGUGGAGAGGUUGUUUCUGGACAUGAGACCAGAGCAUCCUGAUAAAAGGAAGAUGCUGCCACUGAAACACCAGCAGGAUGCUUUUGAAAACAUUUACCUGAAGGCUCAGGAGGGAAUGAGUCUUCCAAGAUGCAGCUCUUCAGAGGACCAGAAGGACGAGGCGUUCAACCGCAAGGCCACCCUGUUGAAGAGUUUGUCUGGGGUGCUGUGCUGUAGUCCGGUGUGUGAAAAACAGUGUCUGUUUGCCCUGUUCCAGUCCUACAAGGAGAACAACAUCGAGGAGCAGCUCAUCAAAAAGAUGUUGUGCAGUGUAUCCAGAGCACUGGGCUACAGGAGUGUGAAGACCUUUGUCACUUCUCACUUGUAUUACUUGGUGGCGGAGUGGCUCGUACAGAGACAGACUGACGAUCGAUACACUCUCGGCUCUUUCCCUUACGCACUCCUUGACCAUGACGCCAUCAAAGAUUUCUAUAGCUCUACCUACCAGGUAUUGGUCCCCCACCUGGUCUUCCUCGAUGACUUUGAGCAGGUGAGGUCCAUCGGUCGGUAUCUGGAGAAGGACUGGAAGGAGCUGUUGGCCGACUGCUUCCCCAAGAUCAUGGUCAACAUCCUGCCGUACUUCGUUGCGUCUGGCCAGGACUCGCAGGUCGCAAAGCAGAGAGAAACGGCCCACAGAGUGUACAACCUGCUCAAAGAUGACAACUGUCUGGGCAAACAGCAAAUCGACAGCCUUAUCCACACUAACCUUGCGGACAUAGUGGUGGAGUUGCUGAUGACUCUGUAUGAAGGAGUUGGAACUGAAGGAGACAGAGGAGAGCUGCAAUGCUUUAUAGGCGAACUAGACCCUGAACCAAACCCACCGUACUUCAACUCCUAUGUCAUCAAAGCUACUCUGGAAUACCUGAGCAAGUGCCACGGUGCGCACAAGUCACUGGUAGCCAUUCUGUCAAAAAACCCGAUUUCAAUUCAAAGGAUCCUGCUGGCGGUGUGUGAAAGAGCAGCAGAGACGACCAACGUCUAUGAACGUCAUCGUAUCCUCCUCAUGUAUCACCUGUUCGUCAACCUGCUGCUCAAGGAGGUGAAGGACGGUCUGGGAGGAGCCUGGGCCUUUGUGCUCAGAGACAUAAUCUACACACUUAUACACCAGAUCAACAGCAGACCAGUUCAGUGCAAUGAGGUCUCUGCCCGAAGCCUCUCUCUGUGCUGCGACCUGUUGACCUCUUUGUGUCAGGCAGCCUUGCAGUUCUGCGAUGACGCUCUAGACUGCCACCUACAGGUCAUUGUUGGGACUCUCACGGCUCAGGUGAUCAGCCGGCCCACCAUCUCGCAGCAGGUGCUUAGUCUGUUGCAGUUUCUUGUGAUUCAGAAUGAACAGAAGUUAAAAGGAGCCAUCGGCAGGUUGCAGCCUUUUCCCGACCUGCCUGAAUUCAAAGAACUUCGUUCUGUACAGCACAGGCUCAAAUAUAACACUGGGACCUUUACACUGCGACAGGAGGUCACCCACUUCCUGUCAGUGACAUCCUGUGACUCCUUACCUCGGACCAGACUGGAGGGACUGAAGGAGCUGACCAGACAGCUGCAUGACAAGAAGGAACAGAUCAAAGACCUGCUCAAGGAGUGCCACGCUGACCCCAGUGAUAGCGUGCUGGUGAAGCUGGUUCUAAGUCUGCUGCAGCUCUGUAAGCUUGCAGCCAACCAAUCGGGUGGAGCCGAUAUACUAGAGGCAGCAGGCAGUUGUCUGGGAGAACUAGGUCCAGUGGAUUUCUCCACUAUCGCCCUGCUCCAUGGCAGAGACCCCCUCUUCGAAAAGGCCAUGUCUCUCUUCACCUCCACAGAGUUUCAGCGUCUCUACAUCAUUCUCAACUGCAUGAUUGAUGCGCUCACUCAUCAGCGUAUUGAGGUAAAGCGGGCAGCAGCUCAGUGUGUGCAGAACAUCCUCACAACUCAGUCUGGAGUUGACUUCUGGGAGCAGUACAAACACAACAGAGACCCCAUGUUGGUCUACCUUAAUCCUUUUCGAAACACCAAGAGCAAGGUGGUUUCUGUGAGUGAUGCAGACAGUUUGGAGUCCAGGGAGAAGCUGGAGAGUCAGGAGUGUUGGAUGCCUCAGGCCGGCGGCCACAAGGCCUGGCUGAAGGCUCUGUGCACCGCCCUGCUGGACAGUGGAGGAGUAAAGAGUGAAGCUCUGCUCCUGUCGAGGCCACUGUGUCUGGUGAAAGUGGACUGCUGUCAGAGGCUGCUGCCCCUCAUCAUUCACUCCAUCCUUCUGGACGACUCCGAUGGUUCAUGGAGGAAGUUGCUCUCAUUGCACAUCACAGACUUCUUUAGUUUCUGUUCCAGAAGUGCUCAGGCCGCCAGUCGCUCUGCCACACCUCUCAACUCUGACUCUGAGUCUGACACGGCCAGCCGGGGUUUGUAUGAUAAGACCUCUCUGCGCACCAUGCUGGCGGUCAUUGACUAUUUGAGACACCAGCAGAGGCCACUGGAGUCUCAGAGUAAGUCCUGCGGCACUGUGUGUAACUCAAACUUCUGGCUGGAGCUGAACUACCUGGAGGUCGCCAAAGCUGCUCAGUCGUGUGCAGCUCACUUCACCGCUCUGCUGUACACGGAGAUCUACGUAGACAAGGUCAAAGCUUGCAUGGAGGAAAGUCGCAGGACCAGGUCCAGAGCGACAUAUAAGCUCAGUUUUGAAGAUCAAAGCCAGAACUUAACCAUUUCUAGCCUGACGGAGAAAAGUAUGGAGGACACCAGCAUCAGUCUGCAGGAGCUUCUGAUCGAGGUGUAUCGAAGCAUUGGAGAACCUGACAGUCUGUACGGCUGCGGAGGGGAGACCAAUACCAGUCCACUGACCAGGAUUCGAACCUAUGAGCAUGAGGCUAUGUGGGGGAAGGCCCUGACCUCCUACGACCUUCACUCCUCUCUGCCUGAGACCACGCGACAAGUGGGAAUCCUGGAGGGCCUGCAGAACUUUGGUCUGAGCAGCAUCCUCGCCACUUACAUGAGGGGUUUGGAGAGCGAAGGUGUGGAGUGGGGGGCUGAGCUAAGAGAGCUCCGGUUCCAGGCUGCAUGGAGGAACACGCAGUGGGACUGUGAGCUGUCUGAGAGGAGUGAGGAAUCAGCACCUGGCUUCCACGAAUCUGUGUUUUCAUCCCUACAAGCACUGAGGGACAAAGAGUUUUCGUUAUUUGAUGAAACGCUUAAACAGGCCAGGGGUGCAGAGGUGGAUGAGUUGUGCAGAGGUAGUCUGGAGGCCGUGUCUUCUCUGUACCCGGCUCUCAGGAACCUGCAGAGCAUCAGGGAGCUGGAGAGCGUUAAGCAGCUCUUCUCGAGAAGCUUCUCGGAUGUGACUCUGAGGGACGUUUGCAGCCAGUGGCGGCAGCACUCCCAGCUCCUCGCUGACAGCGACUUUGCAUUGGUUGAGCCCAUUUUGACCGUUCGUUCUGUGGCCAAGCUCACGUUGAUGUCAAGGACCGGAGACCGUGAAAGCACAGAGUUCCUCAGCUCUGUGCUCACUGACCACCUCAUGGAGCUCUGCCAGCUGGCUCGCAAGGCUGGGAAUACACAGAGGGCAGAGCGGGCAGUCUUCCAGAUGAAACCUCACGAUGGCGUAGGGUCCUGGACGUCAUUACCUGUGUUUUCAUGGCAACUGGAGGAGGCCCAGGUGUUUUGGGCAAAGGGAGAGCAGGGUCUGGCUCUUGGCCUGCUGAGACAGAUGAUACACAACCUGGAGGAAAAGGUGGAUUUCAAUCCUGCUCUGGCCCCAGUUUACACUCAGUGCCUCAGGCUGUGUGGUAACUGGCUCGCUGAGACCUGUUUGGAAAGUCCUGGAGUCAUACUGGAGAAUUACCUGGAGAGGGCAGUGAAGGUGAUCGAGGGGGAGUCGGGUGUGCAGGACUCCCGGCUGCAGAGUCAGCGGACUGAGGCCUUCUUGUCUCUGGCCCGCUUCUCUGACGCUCAGUACCAGAGCAUCGACAAAUACAUGACCUCCUCUGAGUUUGAGAACAAGCAGGCGCUGAUGGAGAAGGCCAAACAGGAAGUGGACCUGAUGAAGGAGCAGAAAGUGACCUCCAACAGGUACACUAUAAAGGUGCAGAGGGAGACGGAGCUGGAUGUGAAGGCGCUGUCCAACCUCAAGGCAGACAGACAGCGCUUCCUGUGUAAGGCGGUGGAGAAUUACAUUCAGUGUCUGAAGCAGGGGGAGGAGCACGACACCUGGGUGUUCCGCCUGGCUUCACUCUGGUUGGAGAACGAUGACGUUAGUGAUGUAAAUGACAUGAUGAAGGAAGGGGUGAAGCAGAUCCCCUCCUACAAGUUUCUUCCUCUCAUGUAUCAGCUGGCUGCACGCAUGGGAACCAAGGUGGCAACAAGCAUCACGGAGGAUACGGGCUUCCAUGAUGUCCUCACUGAUCUGAUCUGCAGAGCGUCUCUUGAGCAUCCUCACCACACGCUCUUCAUCAUCUUCGCUCUGGUGAACGCCAACAAAGACGAGAACUUCAGCAGGCCCCGGCAGUCGAGAAACGCUCCGAGGCAGACGCCACCUCUCGAUGUGGAGCGUUCAAACGUUGCCCUGAUGAUUAUCAACACCAUCAGGAAAAAGAGAGGCAAGAUGAUCCGGGGGAUCGAGCGUCUGUGUGACGCCUACAUCACUCUGGCCUACAUGGAUGCUAGCAAGCACAAGACUGAGAAGAAGGCGAUUCCCAUCCCUGCGGAUCAGCCCAUCAUGCAAAUCAAAGACCUGGAUGAGGUUGUCAUCCCCACGAUGGAGAUUAAGGUGGAUCCAACUGGUUGCUAUGACAACCUGGUGACGAUCAGGUCCUUCACACCUCACUAUAACCUGGCGGGUGGAGUCAACCUGCCCAAGAUCAUCGACUGUGUCGGCUCUGAUGGCAAGAGCAGGAGACAACUGGUCAAGGGCAAGGAUGACCUGCGGCAGGAUGCGGUGAUGCAGCAGGUCUUCAGCCUGUGCUCCAUGCUGCUGCAGCGCAACUCAGACACUCGUAAGAGGAAGCUGAACAUCAGGCGAUACAAGGUGGUGCCGUUCUCGCAGUGCAGUGGCGUGUUAGAGUGGUGCUCAGGCACAGUUCCCAUCGCGGAGUUUCUGGUGGAUCCUAAUAAAGGAGCCCACAAACGCUUCCGACCCCAAGACUUGACAAACUUAAAGUGCCGCGAGAGGAUGUCGGCUGCUCAGAGACUCGGAUUCGAUGACAAGCUCCAGGCCUACACUGAGGUGUGCAAGAACUUCAGGCCGGUCUUCAGGUAUUUCUGCAUGGAACGAUUCCUGGAUCCAGCGGAUUGGAUGGAGAAACGUCUGGCUUACACCCGCAGCGUGGCGACCUCCUCUAUAGUUGGCUACUUUGUGGGUCUGGGCGACAGACACAACAACAACAUCCUGAUCGACGAGCAGACGGCUGAACUGGUUCACAUCGAUUUAGGUGUGGCCUUUGAGCAGGGGAAGAUCCUCCCCACACCAGAGACCGUCCCCUUCAGACUCACCAGAGACAUCGUGGACGGGAUGGGCAUCACUGGAGUGGAGGGAGUUUUCAGGAGAUGUUGUGAGAAGACGAUAGAUGUGAUGAGGAGCUCUCCAGAAGCUCUUCUGACCAUUGUACAGGUGCUGCUGUACGACCCGUUGUUCGACUGGACCAUGAACCCUCUGAAGGCGUUCUACCUGCAGCACGACGAGCAGCAGGAGCUCAACGCCACGCUGUCCUCCACCAUGGGCGGAGACGACAUCGACAACCACCGUAAAGCCAGUGACAGUCAGAGCUUCAACAAGGUGGCUGAGCGUGUGCUGCUGCGGCUGCAGGAGAAGCUGAAGGGCGUGGAGGAGGGCACGGUGCUCACUGUGGGGGGGCAGGUCAACCUGCUCAUCCAACAGGCCAUGGAUCCCAAAAACCUCAGCAGACUGUUCCCUGGAUGGCAAGCCUGGGUGUAGACCUGAGAGAAGGUACACAUUCCAGCCUCGACCAGUGAGGGGGGGGGACAUUUCUCCUCCCCUGUACGAUACGUUGAGUCAGUCGCUUGAUUCAAAAUCUGGUAUCGAGUCGUUUUCCAAAGUAUCACAGAUGCUGCUUUCCUCCGAUUCUUUCAUUCUUAUCAAACUUGAGACAAGUUCCAGAGAAACACUAACUCUGUAUUUUCGUUUUGAAUCUUCACUUUCCGCAAACUAUCGCACUUUAACAGAAAAGGUUUCGAAUUCCGACAUUUUAUCAAUAAACCAAAAAAAAGCUGCAGUGUCCUAAUUUGCUCAGACUCUCGCUCUCUCUCUGUUUUACCCAGUUGGAUGUGUUUGUUUUCAUAUUGUUCACCGAUGUAUGAAACAAUUUUCCUCACAUAUGUAUGUAUGAUGUGCCUUUAAAUAAACUGCAAUUGAAAACGCC